AUGCAACUUGAUCUUAAUUCCAGUCUGGAUGAAGUCAUCCUGGCAAUUCAGAAUUGGAAAAGCAAUGACUUCCUUGGAUUUGCUCCAUGCUUACACAAGUUGUCAUGUCCACAAGCUCAUCCGGCCGACAAACAGUGUUUCCUUCUUGAGGUGCUUUGCACACAGGUCAAACUACUGCCACCAACUAUGGUCUCAGAACUUUUGCAAACGGUUUCGGACCCUGCCGUUUGGAUUUACUGUGAUCCAUCUCUGAGCUCAGCUAUGAUUAAUUUCCUAACUGAGUUGGCCGUGAAUUUCACCGCUUUACUGUCGGAUGUGUGUGAUAUCUGCGUUCAGUUGAUAUUAAUGAAACCCAUCGUUUCCAAUCCAAAGCAAUGUCGCAUCCAGGCUCCGAUUUGUUCAACGGUUGCCUUAUCCUUCACAGCCUCAUUGCUAUCCAUCGUACCACAGUCGGAAGCUACACUAACUGAUCGUAUCAUUAGCAAAUUCCCCGGUUGGAGAAAACCCUUGUCGGAACUGACUCUCGCUGCGUCCAACGUUCUCUGUUUAAUUGGUCCUCAGUCUGCCUCUCGGUGGCUUUCGAUUCCAAAUAUCUGUUCUCUACUCGGUACUAUAUUUAAGCUUAUAGUUGAUUUGGAACUCAGCCCAGAUCAUUCCUCGCACACGGUGCCCGAACAGCUUUCUCUCUCUUGUGAACCAGAAAACCUGUGUCCGUCUGCGCUACAGAAUCGUGUUUACGAGAUAGUAGAACAAAUUACCGCGAAAGAAGGAACUUCCGUAUCCAAGCUGGAGGUAUUGACAUGGAUAGUUAUGACCCAACUGCGCACAGUUUGCACCAGAGCCGCACCGAAUUCCUCGGAUACGAACAGUUUGGAUUGGUCUGUAUUGUGCUCCGUGUUCAAACGAAUGAGGUCUUUAUUCGCACAAUUUGUGUUGCCAGUGAACAUCCGGAUUGAAGCAUUUCCACUUCUCUGCCUUUAUACAGCCAGUCUCCGUGGUGGUCUAAUGAUCAACUGGACAGAGUUUCUUUGGAACACAAUCAAGGAUGAUCAACAGGAUUGUGGUACUCGUGUGACAGCAGUAGCAUAUUUGGCUUUCCUUUUGUCCCGCGUCCGCACAUGUCCUUCUGACCUGGUGAUUGAAUUACUCCAUGAUAUGACCCGUUGGUGCGUUGACUAUGUGUACCGACACCGUGGUCUGAUCAUGAUGACGAAUGAGGCCGAAUUACUGGUGACAGAACACCGGCUGUAUUACGCCGUGUGUCACGCAAUAUUUUACAUUAUUGUCCAACUUCAUGCAACACUUUUGGACAGUGAGUAUUAUCGUGCUAGUUGUGAAACUUUGCCCCUAGCACAAAUCAUGCUAUCCCCGCUAAAUCCUCUGGAAAAUACGCCUACGGAUUUGCGUUGGGCUUUUGAACGGAUCAUUCAUACGUAUCACCUCAGCUGUGCUUCAAGUCCUGUUUUCUCUAUCGUAGACCGGGCUUGCGGGGACGUUUUGCCCACCACUUUUGAUACUUGUUUGCUUACAGAUGUUCGACCUAGUCACCUAUUCUCUUUGCCAUUUCAGUUGAAACUUUGCCUAAUAAAACCAUUUGUACAACAUCUAUUUCGGGAUUUCGUCCUUGGUAAACGUUUCUCUGCCUCUACCGACGCCUCCUCAAAAACAAACACUGGACGGAAAUUGAAGCGAAAGCGUCAACGCAAACACUGGACGGAAAGUGAAGCGAAAGCGUCAACCGUAUCAAGGAGUUGA